AGGAAAUCGCUGCUUCGUCUCUUCUUUCCUGUCCAUUCUCUCCUCUUCAUUCUGCUCAUUCCCUCUCUCAACCUUGACUUCCACGGCAGAUAGCCGCAAGCUAAUGAUGGGCUUCUUUCGCAAGGGGGAUGUCGUGAACACCCCGUCACACUAUCCAGAUGUCCCAGAGAAGGGCCAGGUGGUACCAACAGUCGAGGGCUACAGCGAAGACUUCGCAACCGUCUGCCCGCCCCAUACUACCGAACGGAAGCUGCUCGCACGAAUCGACUUCCAUGUCAUCCCAUUCUUGUGCAUAAUGUACCUGCUCGCCUUCCUGGAUCGCAUCAAUAUUGGCAACGCCAGUGUGUAUGGACUCAUUGAAGACCUCGACCUAACCGGCCAGCGCUACAACAUCGCGCUCACGAUUUUCUUCGUGCCCUACUGUCUCUUUGAAAUCCCUUCCAACAUCCUCUUGAAAAAGUUCCGGCCGCAUAUCUGGCUGUCGGCAAACAUGUUCAUGUUUGGCUUGGUUACGAUUUUUCAGGGGCUGGUGAAGAGCUACGGAGGUCUAUUGACUACACGCUUCUUUCUGGGCGUGUUUGAGACUGGCAUGUUUCCGGGAUGCUUCUACCUCAUCGGCAUGUGGUACAAACGCCAGGAAGCGCAGAAGCGAUACUCCUUCUUCUUCAGCUCCACCACUCUGGCCGGAGCCUUUGGUGGUCUACUCGCCGCCGCAAUCGGCAAGAUGGAUGGGCUUUCGGGCUACGCUGGCUGGAGAUGGAUCUUCAUCCUCGAAGGCUGCCUCACCGCCUUCGUCGCCAUCUUCUUCUUCUUCCUGCUGCCCGACUUCCCCGAAGAAGCAAAAUGGCUCAAAGAGGACGAACGAAACUACGUGACCGCACGCCUUCGAGCAGAUCAAGGAAACUCGGCCCGCGAGCGCCCCAUCACGUUCAGUGAUGUUGUCAACGUGUUCAAAGACUACAAAGUCAUGGUCGGCGCGUUUAUGUAUUUCGGCCUCAUUGUGCCGGCAUACGGCUAUGCCUACUUCGCCCCGGGGAUCCUUGCGACCUAUGGCUACAGCCCCAUCGAAACUCAACUCCACUCUGUGCCGCCGUGGGCUGCAGCAUUUGGAUUCUGCAUGCUCAUCGCCACCCUCUCGGAUUACACCGGGCACCGCUUCGGGUUUGCCAUCUUCUGCAUUUGCGUUUCCAUGACAGGCUUUGGCAUUCUGAUCUCCGUGCACGACCGACUGGAUCUGCAAUACGCGGCACUGUUCCUGGUGACGAUGGGCACGUACACUGCGAUGCCAAUCGUGGUGUGUUGGUUCAAUAUGAACCUCGGAGGCCACCACCGUCGCGCCGUAGGAAGUGCAUGGCAAAUCGGCUUCGGCAACACAGGCGGCAUUAUCGCAACAUUCGCCUUUGUCGCCUCCGAGAAGCCCUUCUUCGUGACGGGCUACUCCAUCUGUCUGGCGUUUGCAGCGCUGUCCAUCUGCUCCUGCGUGGUCUAUGGAGCUGGAUGUCUGAUGGCGAAUCGGAAUCGGGAGCGAUCUGCAUUCAAUGUUGGACUAAGCGAGCAUGAAAAGACGGCGUUGGGAGAUCUGAAUCCGGAGUACCGAUAUCUGCUGUGAGGCUGGGGGAGACCAUUCGACAGUGCAAAGAUUAGUCUACGAGAACUCGUUCUCUUCGUUUCAUUGAAGCUUCCAUUGCGAC